GUCACGCAAACACAGCGCGUGUGAUGCACAAUUGCGCGCAUGAGUGAAAAGAACCGACCGAUAGGCGGUCGUGCGGUGAGGAGGGGAGAGCGUGCGGACGUUUCCGAUUCCGUCGCCGCUACGUUUGGGUUUCGAACUCCGGAUUAGUAAUCCGGACCGUCGGGGGCACACUGGUGUUCGUGAAAACGAACCGCGAAGGUGGCAAGGUUUUCAGCACACGAAUCGCGAACGUCCAGUACGUUCCGAUAAACCAUUCCGAACGCACCACGGUUCGACUAUUGUGUUCCUCGUAUCCGCCCGUGUCCGAUAAGAACCGGUCCAACGUCCAAAUAAUCUGUUAGCGUUGCGAAGGGCGAAAGUGUGACAAGGCAGAAACCAUGUCCGCCGAAGAACUUAAACUUCUCGAUGAGCUGUUUGAUAGCUGCGAAUAUCAGGCCUCGCUCGAGAUGAUCCACAAGCUGGCGGACCAGGAAAGUGUCGAGGUAAAGUGGCGGCUGGCGCGGACCGUCUUCUUUCUCUCGAAGCAAGCGACCGUUGCCACGGAGAAGGACGCACUGGUCCGGGAAGCUUUCGGGCACGCCACGAGUGCGCUCGAGGCGGAUGGGGACAACUUCGGGGCCAACAAGUGGUACGGGGCCAUCCUGUCCGAGAAGAGCAACCUAGACGGGGUCACAGAGCGUAUCAAGCAGUUGGAGAACGUGCAGAAGCACUUUCAGCGUGCGGUCACUUUGAACGGUACGUCCGACCCGGGCAUCUGGCAUAUGCUGGGUCAGUUCAACUUCAAACUGUCCGAAGUGGGCUGGGUCACGCGCAAGCUAAUCAACUCGGUGGCACCCAAUCCGCCGACCGCUUCGUACGAGGAGGCGCUCGAGUGUUUCACCAAAGCCGAAACGAUCCGGCCCGGGUUCUACGCCCUGAACCAGUUGUACCUGGGCAAAACGCACCUAGCCCUGAAGCAACCGGACGAGGCGAAACCGUGGCUGGAGCGGGCGGCCGCGGUACAGGUGCGGUGCGAUGAUGAUCGCAUUUGCCACGAAGAGGCCACCGAGCUGUUGGGCAAAAUCUGAGUUUGAGGAGCUAGUACCUCGAGUUUCGAGUGCCCGUUAGAAACUUACGUUGUUAUGGAUUGAUUGUUAAUUUAUCGUGUGCGAUCGAUAUCGCUUACUCGCGGCAUGAUAUUGUCCUUUUUGUGGGGGGUCUAGAUUGCUAAACGGUUAUCAGAGCUUUACGAGUUACGGUUAUCGAGUAGAUAGGCGAAUCAAAUCGCAAAGGGGUGAAGGUUAUAGCGAGCUCGAGUGUGGCGGGGCAAUUACGGAACACCGUUUAGGGGCCUUUACCGAUGACCGAUCGCUCUUUGUAAAUAAGCGUAGAACGAAAGUAGCCAAUACGCAACGGUUUAUCUUGGGCGCGUAAGAUAGUGGCAAAAGAGGAAUAAAGGAAUACAAGUCACAGCU